CUGGACUAUUGCCCGCCUUUCCCCCAACGGGUCUAGCGUGGCGACUCAAACAACACGUCAACUGCCGCCGCCAAUCAAUCCAAAAGCCGCGUAACCCUCACAAUUCUCAUACUUCACUUAGCAUGGACGAUGGGGAUUCGGAGCGCUAUUGUCGUUGAUGCUGACCCUUCUAAACCACCGUCAUGGUUAUCCUUGCUAAUGUUAGUGCGCUAAUCGAGGAGCUGAUCGCGACCGUCGCGAAUGUUGAUAAAAAGAGCCCCCGUUUCAAGAUCCUGAAACGUCGUGCCGAGGACACUCUCAGAGCAAACGCUCAUGUCCGUACGGAUCAGUUUGCUGUGGCAAAUCAACUAGAAGGACUCCAAGAAAAGUUCCAGGUCCUCAAUAGGGAUGAAUUAGCAGACGCCCUCCGAGCCCGUUUGACGGAGUUGAAUGAGCACCAGGAUUCACAUUUUCCUGAGAUCUUAUCGUUGUUACUGCAGCUCGCGGAUCGCCCUGCUCAACUGUCAAAGGUAGAUCGGAUCAAAAGCCUUAAGUCCGAAGAGCAUGUGGAAUCACUAUCUUGGCCAGAGUUAGAUGUUUCUGGGACCGCGUAUUCCGAGGAAGACAUAUGGGAACCUGUAGAUUUCGGCGCUGGAUCUUCCGACGAUGAUUUUUCAUCUGUAUCAAGCGAUAGCUAUCACACACGGGCUUUAACCCAAACCUCAAUAGCCUUAGAAGAGGACUAUGUGAUUCCAGAGGUACUGUUCUCCUCAGGAGAAGACGAAGAACUUGUGGCUUCGAUAAAGAGCGCCCAGUUCUGGCGGGAUGAAAACGGUAUCAGCACUGAACAACAGGGUGUUUCCUCUCACGUCCUCACGGAGCUUCAAUUUGUAAGAGAGACAAUAUUCAUGCUGCAAGGUCUACCAACGUCGCUAUUUUGGCGUCUUGAUGAAAAAGUUGAGGUAGAUCGGAGGUACACGCUUGCGCACUUAUCAAGUGAAACGUUAUCUUCUUUCCUACGUUCUUUCAGCUCAAUUGGGUCCAAAAUAGAUGUUCUGAGACGAUACAACCAGGUCCCGCGGGUCAUUCCCUAUGUGCAGACGUUUCACCGAGGAAUUGAAGAUCGCCUAUGCGAGUUCGAUAGGUUCCUAUCCGACAUGCAAUCACUAUAUCUAUCGCAAUCGGAUACUGUAGCUGUCAGUAUUCUGCAGUUAUAUGAGAAUGUUUGUCGUGAAUCGAAGCUGCUCCUUUUGUUAGCUGAAAUUGUUUCUAACCUCAAACAUAAUGCAUCGGACAGUCCAGUGCGAUGUCUUGAUUUGCUAUACGAUUCGGUUUGCAUGGCACAAGCCACCGGAGACGAUAACGAGUUUAAGUAUUUAGCUCAGCUGUUCUUUUCGUGCUUCGAAACCUAUGCACGCCCAAUUCGCCUUUGGAUGGAAAGGGGAGAGCUUGAGGAAAAUUACCAAGGCUCAUUUUUCAUCCGUGACAGCCGCAGUAAAGAUCAAGACUUGCGCACUUUAUGGCAUGCGUGGUAUACUCUGGAUGAAUCAGCAUGGUUUUCAAGUGCGCCAAAAUUUGUUCAAUCUGUUGCUCUGAAGAUCUUCGUAGCAGGCAAAAGCAUGGUUUUUCUGCGCCACUUGGAUAUGUCGGAGGGUGAGCAUGCAAGAAAGAGUUCACUAACGUUUGGAGAUGUGUUCCCGGAAGACCCAGCUUCUAUCUAUAUGCCAUUUUCAGCGUUACUCGAUUCAGCUUUUGGGCGCAUAGUGGACGAGAGCCACUCUUUCACAUCAUCACUGCUGCGAAGAGAGCUUGACCAGCAGUGUGGACUAUGGAUUUCUCUCCAGGCUUUGGAGCACAUUUACCUUUGCAAAGAUAUGAGCGUUUUCGGAUCCAUCGACAGUAAAGUCUUCGACCUUAUCGACCGAGGAAGGGGGGCCUGGGAUGAUCGAUAUUUGCUCACCGAACUUGCCCAGAGCGCAUUUGGUACCUUACCUUUCAUCGAUCCAUCUAGAGUUAUCGUACGAUCAUCAAAAGACCCUCAACUUAAGCUAAACGCCCGCAGUCGAUCCGUAACCAUACUUCGAGCCAUUUCAUUCGACUACAUCCUCCCCUGGCCUGUGGCCAACAUCAUCACAAAAACCGCCCUCCUUAGCUACCAACGACUCUCCACGUUCCUGAUGCAAAUUCGCAGAGCGAAAUACACGAUCGUGAAACAACGUCUGCAAUAUUCUUAUGCAACGAACCAAGGUCCUGGGAACGAGAACAAUGCCCUGGCCUACGCCCUCCGACAUAAUAUGCUAUGGUUCCUCAACACCCUAUACAGCCACAUGACUGACUUCGUUAUCUCCACGACCACAAAUUCACUACGGAAGGAUCUCUCGGCCUGCCACGAUGUCGACGCCAUGGUAGCCGCUCAUCAAUCCUACAUGUCCUCAUUAGAAGACCAGUGCCUUCUAUCCAAGAAUCUAGUCCCUCUCUACGAAGCAAUCGUCACCCUCCUCGACCUCUGCAUAUCCUUCUCAGACCUCCAAUCCACACGCUACAACCAGGUCAAGGACCCAACAUUCACCCAAAAAGAGUACGGCCACGACAAAUACCAAAGCGACGAAGAUGAGGAAGAAGAUGAAGAAGACGAGCUCAACGGCGCAAAUUCCGACGGCCAACUCACCCUCACACACGAAACACAAUACGUACAGCGACUGAAAGACACCAGGGACCAAUUCAACCGGCUGAUCGGGUUCUUGUCUGCUGGCUUGAAGGGCGUAGGACGCGCCAAUGCCCAGGUUAGCUGGGAGAUCUUGGCUGAACGAUUGGAGUGGAGGAAGGAGCGCGUUGCGAACCAUGUAUGAUUAUCGUGGCUGGAUUAUGAUAAUGAUUACGAUAAUGAUUUUGCUGUUUG